AUGCUAGGACCGACUAGAUUCAACGUGAAAUCGUUCUUCUAUCCAUUUGGAAAUACUCCUGCAAUCAAUUUGUUGCAGUCUCGGCGCCCUGCUUGCGAGAAGGAUGAUGCGGUAAGGUUAUUGUUGCUAGGUUGCGGUGAUCCGAGAAACUUAUUGUUUACUCUGUGGUGCAAUAAAGAUGAAGCGAUAAAAUGGGAGUUCAUGUGUUGCGACUCAGAAAGUGCAAUUCUGGCGCGCAAUAUUCUCCUUUUUUCGCUCAUCAUCGACAACGAACCCUACGCAUCAACCUGGAAUAUAUUUUACCAUUUCUACAUAACUAACACCGACAAUGCCGUGCUACAGAAACAGGUUCACAAACUUCUUCAACAAUCGGCGAACUUAGAAGUAUGGUCAUCUUCAAGCUAUGGAGCAUCGAUCUUCUUCGUGAACCGGGACACAUUGGAUCAAGUUCGAGAAAUGUGGUCUCAGUACCUCGAGGUCGCAAAUCUUAGAUCAGAUUCUAAGGAACGAGAUCACUUCGAAACAAAAUUUAAGUCAGAGGUCAAUUCAACCAUGCGAGAGCAAUAUUUUACGAAUAGGGAUAUCGCGAUCCAGGAUUUCUGUGGCCGGAAACAGUAUGCAUCUGCUCUUCGUUCAGCAGGUGGGAAUUGGGAAAGUGCCAUCCAAACAGUUGUCGAUGCUUUCGAUGGAUUCUGGGACCAUGGUGUAAUCGCGGGGAACUCGCAUGAUGUGGAAGCUUUGGAAGAAGACGGCCAACUUGUGAAUCCGCUGAUGGCACUCACCUCUGCAGGAAACGUGUUUGCGAUCUCUUCAAGCUCGGAUCCUCUUUUGGGCUUUCGCCUGGCAAGCGCCUUCGAUAAUUCGAAUUCUUCCCAGGAGGAAUUGGCAGAAGUUGUUGUGAAAUUGGCCAAGGAUCAAUUUCAGGAGUGGUGCGCAAGUUUUGGGGAAUGGGUUCGUGAGAAAGGAAUAGCUAUACGACUCUAUUGUGGCGAUGCUUUGAGAUUGUCUUAUGCACUGCAAAGCUUGGGAGGUAAUUUAACACCAGAGGCUAAACUGCUCAGUCUAUUCACCACGGCAUGGCGUUCAACUCCACUGACUCUAGACGACCCUGGUACGACAAGCGGCAUUCGUACGUUUGACGUCAUCGACACCAAUAAUUUAGCUGAUCCCCUUGGCAUUCUGAAUCUGCUGCCCGCUAUAUCGCCAUUAUUGUCUCGCAAGACAACCUCAGUCUUGUUUACUGAGACGCUGUCUUUGUAUACUAAAGAUUCAGUCGAAAUCCUAUCUCAUAUUCUGUGUUGCGAUAUCACAACCUUCUCGCUGCUUCUGGGGCUGGCACCAUCCGGUCACUUAUUCGGAUUUACCACGUAUGCCGUUGGACUAGAUGCCCAACGACAAUUUUCAGUGAAUCGAAAUAAUAGUGAGAGUUAUCAUAUGCGAGUUGAGUGGAGAUACCCAAACCUAGACAAUCCAGGCGGUAGAGAAUUGGUUUUCGAACCGCAUGAACUUGCCCUUUUCUUCUUCAAGCUCUACCUGAAGAUGUUUGAAAUUGAGUCCAUAUCUCCAACUACCGUAAAAGAAAUACAUUGUCUAAGGUACACUCGCCUAGGUUUUUCCGCUCUCGUUUGUCUAGCGAAAGGUUGUGUCAGGAAUGAUCAGCUGUCAACUUUUGGGGACUGUCUUCUUGGAUAUAUCGAAAAGCAGGAUUGGCUGCGUGUCGGUGGUCUCCAACUCCUCGAGUUGUCUUUACACUUUUACCAACUGGGUAUUUGUUCUCGGCCCUCUUUACUGGAAAUACCUCCUCAAAUCAUGCUCGCAAGCCAGAAUUAUUUCAAAGAUGGACCGUUGAGUUCUCGAAAUGAAGAAGCUGAUGUGGACUUGCUUGAUCACAAUAAAUGUCCUCUUCUGGUAUGGAUCUCUCUGAGCGUUCCACACGAGACUCUUGAGGCAUUGAAGAUAGAUGACGAGUAUGCCAUGGCUGGGCUACAGAUCAAUAUCCGGCAUACGGAAAGUAAGACCCAGGCCAUCUUCGUGUCUCUUCAGUGCUUUUUUGGUAGUCCGGUCCAACUAGCUGAAGAUAACGAUGCUUACGAUGUCAUUGAAGAUCAACAGGGCUUGAAGGGAACAUCGGACUUAAUUGUGACAUGUGCUGUACCCUCCUUGUUAUUGAUGAUAGAGUCCAGAGAAUCCACACGAAUAGAGUUAGCAUGUUUGAGCAAAAGAUUGAGUGCAGGCUAUAUGUACAGCGGGGUUAUAUGUAGCUACAGCCUUGAUGAAGAUAACGUUUUGAUUCUAAGAGAGCCUCCGGGGGUAAGAUUGCGACCUUUUGCAACAGAUCAUGCAGUCAAUUUGCACACAUCUUCUGCCUCUAAAAAGCCUUGCUUUGUCCGAAUAAGAGACGGUCUUUCAGUUGAGACCCUGGAAAUUCAAAAGGACUUUGAGCAUUUGGAAACCGAAAGUACCAUCAGAGUCCGCCAAAUAUCUCCUUGCACCAUUUCCGAAAGAUUCAACGGCUUUGAAAUCGGUCAGUUCCAAUUCCCAUAUCCGAUCACACUCCACAAAGCGAUAAUUGAUCCUUCAAACAAGCUGAAAACACUGGUUGCUAAGCCAAGUUUAGCUUUAGAUAAUACAGGUUACACACUGAAUCCAUUUCCAGUUGUGUUAAAUGGCUCAGACGCUGACCCACUCACACUUCCCAAAGUAAACAUGAACCAGCAGCCAAUCAUAUCUGGUACUGGUCGCGAAACCGGAGAAUGGAUUUCAAAUCUUAUGCAUAGCAUGUUAUGCGCACGAGAACGCUCGUACUGGCGCAGAUCUGAUAAUAGACAGCAAGAAGAUGUUCCUGCUCUAUUCUCGAUUAAAAUCUACAUCCAUAAUAUGGCGGUUUCUUUUGUUCAACCAUCUUCUCUGGGCCGGAAGCAGACGUUUCUGUUUGAUUCUGGUGAUCCACGUAGAACCUCGAUGAUCAUCUUUGUUUCGGCUUUGCGACAUAAUAUUGAUCAGAGCUCGGUUGUUCUGGAUGCAUAUUUCCUUCCGCUAACAGACGAAUCCUCCACAAUUACUCCUAUAAUCGAGAAACUACUAGCUCACAGAACCACUCAGCCAAUUUCCUACAGCAUGAGAGACGUAGACGAGCAACUAAUGAGACGAAUGCUUCCAGCUACCAUAGAAGCAUGUCGAAAAGGCUGGGAUCACGGUACAGGAUGCAAAUACCGUCAAUAUGGCUCAGUAUCCUCAUACACUGAAUCAAAUCAGUCAGCAAUCUGCAUUUGCGGAGAAGGAAGAGAUGCAGAAGGCUUUCCGCAGAUUGCAGGGUGGGAAACACUUAGUAGAUAUGCGACAAGAAUUGCUCUUAUGCCGUUAUCGACGGUGGAUUAUGUUGAAGCUCAUUAUUCGCAGGAAGAAUAUGAUGUGUGUGAGAAAGGAAAUGUUUCAAUUUCGACGUCGUCAAACUCUAGCAUAGAUGAAUUAACAGAGAAGUUGAUUAAUCAACUCGGUAUAGUUGACUCCAGAGGAUGUAAGAAAUGUGGCGAUAUCCCACAUGGAGACACGGCUCACAAGAAGUGUUCGAGGUGUAGAGGAGUGAGUUAUUGUGGUCCGGCGUGUCAAAAAGCAGACUGGAAAGAACAUAAGAAAAGGUGUAAGACUGAAGCGGCUGGCACUUGA